AUGUCUGGUGCCUCCACGGGUCUCCUCGUUUUGGUGGGCCUCCUCGGGCUCAAUGAUGGCCUUGGCACAUCACCUCCAUCUUCCGCCGACGGCUCAGACGUCGUCCAGCAUGUCGGCCUCGGCGAGAGCAGCAGCGGCAGCAGCCUCCUGAGGAGCCGCCGUUUGGUUGUCACCGGCGAGACCAACGUGGCGACGACCACGAGUGGCGCGCGAGCUUCAAACCGGGUGGCGCAGAUGGCGGCUGCUCGGGGCGGAAACGUCACUAUGACAAUCCGAGCAGCCCACAACACCUUCACAGUGGUCGAAGUCGCGGACCCCAACGAGGCGCGAGAGUUCAAGGAGCAGGCGGAGCGCUCGGGGCUAAGGGUCGAGGAGGAUCAGCGGCGCUACCCAGGACCGAGCUCGGCCACGCGGACGCAGCCGCUAGCCGAGGAAACGCCAUGGGGGAUCGAGCGUGUGUACAACGGAGCGGUGCCGAACGCCUCCUUCUUCCCGUCGGCGGUGACGCAUCCGCUCUGCAUCAUCGACUCUGGCUACCUGCUCGCACACCCUGACCUUCCCGCUGACGCCACCGCGGCGGACUCGCUCCAAGCUGACCCAGCCGGCACGAUUGGAGGGGCCCCCUACUCCGGCACCCUGUCCGCGCCGCCCGGCGAGUGCACGCUCGACAUGUACGACUCGUACGGCGACGGCUGGAACGGCAACUUGUGGGAGGGUGCGGGCUAUACGUUCACGUUCGACUCCGGUUCCUAUGGCAGCGCGACCUUCACCCUCACCGCCCUCCCUCCGUACACCUGGCUCGUCUCGCUCCAGUACCACGGCGGCUUCCACUUCUGUGGCGGCACGCUCAUCGCGCCCGAUUGGGUGCUCACCGCCGCGCACUGCACGCAAGGCACCGUCGGCCGCGUGGCCGUCGGCAUGCAUGUCGUCGCCGACGUGAACACCGACCCGUGCGUCUCCUUGCACGAGGUGGCGGAGAUCUUGAACCACGACUACGGCUCUCCCAAUUCAGAAAGCAACGACGUCUCGCUGCUCAAGCUCGCCACGCCUGUGACCGGCUAUGCGCCCAUCGACUUGCUCGACGGCCCGGGCAUGGACACGCCCUUCCAGGAGCACCUCGCCAUGCUCACCGUCGCCGGCUGGGGCACCAUGUCCUCCGGCGUGUCCUCGCCGGAGGCCAUGGAGGUCGACGUGCCGGUGGUCCAGAAUGAGGACUGCAACGUUGACUACAGUGGCCAGAUUGACGACACGAUGAUCUGCGCCGGCGACACCGUGAAUGGCGGCGAGGACGCGUGCCAGGGCGACUCGGGUGGCCCCCUCUUCGGCAUCGACGCCGACGGCAACUACGUGCUCACGGGCAUCGUGAGCUGGGGCAUCGGCUGCGCCGACGCCGACUUCCCGGGCGUCUACGCGCGCGUCUCCCACGCUAGUGAGUGGAUCUGCGCGAGGACGGACGGCGCGGACGACGCCGACCGGGACCUGUCCGUGCACAAAAAAGGUGAGUAUGAUCACGUCGAGUGCGACAGCGCAUGCAAGGGCUACGCGUACUUUGCGCUGCAGUACGGCGACGAGUGCUUCUGCGGCGACUCGUACGGCACCCCUGAGGAUCUUUAUCCGCGCCUCCCGGAUGGCGACUGUCAGCGGACAGGCUACUGCGCGACGUGUGGUGGCGGCUGGGCGAACGCGGACUCGAGCGUCUACAACAAGCAGGCGCCCGUGAGCGACCUGUCAUAUGCCGACAGCACGACGGGACGACCGUGGGCCGAGUGCGGCCACUACACAAGCCACACGUGGGGCGUCGACCUCGGGAGCGAGGUGUAUGUGCGCUACACGUACACGGGCAACGCUUAG